GGGAGCGACCGGGAGCGGCCGAGCCCCCGCCCCGCACACCCUGCUCCGCCGCCGCGGCGGCCCCCGGAGGGAGCGCGGCCGCCGGAAGCAGGCGGCGGCGGCGCGGGCCUGGGAAUGUGGCGGCCGCUCUGAGCCCUCCCCUUCGGCCCGGCCGCCAUGGAGCCGCGGCGGUGACAGCCCCGCACCUCAGCGCGCCGCCGCCUGCCGGCCGCGGGCCCGCCGCCCGCAGACAUGGAUGAACAAGAGGCCUUGAAAUCCAUCAUGAAGGACCUGGUAGCACUCCAGAUGAGCCGACGGCACAGACUGACUGGAUAUGAUACCAUGAAGAACAAAGACACUGCUCACUCCAACAAACAGAAGAAACACAAUGCCAGCAGUCCCCCCGUCCUGGGCAGCCCUGCAAUCACCACCCAGUGUGCCUCUGCAGUGGAAGAAAAGAAAAUCCCGAACGAUGUAAGGAUCAAGUUUGAACACAAUGGGGAAAGACGAAUUAUCCCAUUUGUCCGUCCCGUGCGCUACGAAGACGUGCAGCAGAAAGUGAAGACAGCCUUUGGGCAGCCCCUGGACCUCCACUACAUGAACAAUGAGCUCUCUAUUCCUUUGAAAAACCAAGAUGACCUGGAUAAAGCAGUAGAUCUCUUAGACCGAAGCUCUAAUGUGAAAAGCCUUAGAAUAUUAUUACUGUCUCCAGACAGAAACCAUACCAGUUCUUCGCCCCAUUCUGGACUGCCCAAACAAGUCAGGAUUAAAACUUCCCAGUCUGUGGGGGAUGUGAGCACACCCUAUCAGCAGCCAGAACCCAGAAGUAGGCAUCUGUCUGUCAGUUCCCAGAACACAGGCCGAAGUUCACCACCUCCUGGGUACGUUCCAGAGAGGCAGCAGCGCAUUGCUCGGCAGGGUUCCUACACCAGCAUAAACAGUGAAGGAGAAUUCAUCCCAGAAACCAGUGAGCAGUGUAUGCUGGACCCUUUAAGCAGCGCUGAAAACUCAGUAUCAGGAAGCUGCCAGUCCUUGGACAGGUCAGCAGACAGUCCUUCUUUUCGGAAGUCACGGAUGUCCAGGGCACAAAGCUUUCCUGAUAAUAGACAGGAGUUCUCAGACCGUGAGAAUCAGAUCUAUGACAAAGCAGGGAAAGGUGGGACCUAUCCCCGGCGCUACAACGUCUCCAUGCAGCACAAAGACUACAGCGAUGGUCGCAGGACAUUUCCCCGGAUACGGCGUCACCAAGGGAAUCUCUUCACCUUGGUGCCUUCAAGUCGUUCCUUAAGCACCAAUGGGGAAAACCUAGGCCUGGCAUUGCAGUACCUGGACCCCCGGGGCCGCCUGCGGAGCGCCGACAGUGAAAAUGCCCUUGGUGUGCAGGAGAGGAACAUUCCCACCAAAUCUCCGAGUGCUCCAAUAAACUGGCGACGAGGGAAACUGCUGGGCCAAGGUGCCUUUGGUCGUGUGUAUCUGUGCUAUGAUGUGGAUACGGGCAGAGAGCUUGCAGCUAAGCAGGUCCAGUUUGAUCCAGAGAGUCCUGAAACAAGCAAGGAAGUGAGUGCCCUGGAGUGUGAAAUUCAGCUGCUGAAGAACCUCCAGCACGAGCGCAUUGUUCAGUAUUACGGUUGCUUACGGGAUCGAGCAGAGAAGACCUUAACCAUCUUCAUGGAGUACAUGCCAGGGGGGUCAGUGAAGGACCAGCUGAAGGCUUAUGGUGCUCUCACGGAAAACGUAACCCGAAAAUACACUCGCCAGAUUCUCGAGGGAGUCUCGUACCUUCACAGCAACAUGAUUGUGCACAGGGACAUAAAAGGAGCCAAUAUUCUCCGUGACUCUGCUGGGAAUGUGAAGCUUGGGGACUUUGGGGCCAGCAAACGGCUGCAGACAAUCUGUAUGUCUGGAACAGGCAUCCGCUCUGUCACAGGAACACCGUACUGGAUGAGCCCGGAGGUGAUCAGCGGAGAAGGCUAUGGGAGAAAAGCUGACGUAUGGAGCCUGGGCUGUACUGUUGUGGAAAUGCUGACAGAGAAACCACCCUGGGCAGAGUACGAAGCCAUGGCAGCCAUCUUCAAAAUCGCCACCCAACCCACCAACCCCCAGCUCCCUUCCCACAUAUCAGAACAUUGCCGGGACUUUCUAAAGCAGAUCUUUGUGGAAGCCAGGCACAGACCCUCUGCUGAAGAGCUGCUCAGACAUCAGUUUGCACAGCUCCAGUACUGAAUUACCUCCCUCGCUAGCAGCUCCUGCUGGGCUCUCCAUGCCCCGUCUGGUCUAGUUGCAACUGCCCAUUGUGGUGCUGCAUCUUCCAAAUGCCAACUCAGCUGGCCUAGUCCUUUGGGGAAGUUUAUGCCAAGGAACCUAGGGUCUGCUCUUGUGCCUGAUACCUUUGUUUGCUGGACUGAUGUUUGUUCUACUGCCAGCGGUCGAAACAGAGCUGCAUUUUUGCCCUAGUUACCUUGAUGUGAAAUUGCAGCUGGCUGCAUGUUCUCUGCAGGCCCAGGAAUGGGAAGUGUCUCACUGGUUGAACGGAGAAGAAAGCUGAACCAAAGUGGGAACUGGAAGAGCUAUGCUCUUCAGAAGAGAAACGUGCAACAGCCAUCCAGACCAGCUCUCUACGUGUGGGUCACUGUUCUCCAGACUUGCUAGGGCUUUAGAGGCAUCUCUAGGACAUGACUCCAGCAAAAAGCCAUGUGUCAUUGAGCGUGCGCUCGCUAUAUAAUGAUCUAUUUUUCUUCUGAAGUAUUCAGCAUCUGAAGGUGUUCAGAAAAUACUGAUUCAAAAGUAUGUGAAUAGUGUUAUUUUAUAAUGAAACCAUGGAUUUGGGGGUAGGGGUGAGGGCGGUCUUUCUAGCUCAAUGGCAGGAUAAUCAGCAACGUUUCAGCAGAAUGCAAUCACUCCAGGCCCUGAGAUAAGGGCUCUGCCACUGAUGUUAGAAAAUCCAGAGCUUGAUUUCCAAGGCUCAGUCUGUGCUAGCAUUAAGACAGUGUCAGUUUGUGUCCUCAGAGCCAACGAAUCUGUGCUCCUGCUUCAUCUCCCUUGGACUGCUGGGUCCAAACAAACCCUUCUGGAAGGGAGUUCUGUGGAACAGCUUUCUGUCACACCUAUCUUUUGGGCUGGUAGCUUCUUACCAUCCUUUAAACCAAAGAGAGCUCAUCUGGUGCCCAGGAAUUUACUUCAGGAAGAGCCUAUCUGUUUCUUUGAGGUCCUGGCCUCAUAGAAAUUUGAGGUUUUUAUGGGGAGGAGAUGGAGCUGGACACUAGGUUUACCUGUGCACAGUAAGUUAGAAUCAAGCUCAACCCUUCAGUGUGUGUGCUUUGUUUUACAGAUGUGCAAGUGUUCCUUUAAGAUUGCCGUAAAACGUUACAGCCCUAUUUCGAGAAGCUUUUAAAUCUAACAGUGAACAGGAGAGAGCAUUGGCAACUCUAGAAUAUUGCUAUAAUUAACUGGAGAACCCACACAGGUACCAAGUGAAAGGUACCGAAUCUCUGGAGUUCCCAGUGGCUCACUGACCUUCAAUACUCUGUUGAUUUGGGCACUAAUAAUCCUUAUUUCAUUCCUAAAAGACCAGCACUCCUGGGGAUUCCUGGAGUAAUUAGAAGUUAUCUGUGUGAAAGGAAACGAAGGAAAUGUGGUAUUAGCAAAAAUACUGCUUUAUAGAGCAGCACUGAAGGGGUUCUGCUCUUGGUUUGGAAACCAUAUUAAGGCUCCACGUAACCUCCACUCCUCCCCCAUAAAAACUUGAAAACUGCUUUCCUAAUGCAGUAAAAUGAACAGGUUAUAGGUGAAUACUGGUAGUAAGAUAAGGCAAGUUUUAAUGAAACCUUGACCACAGGAGAAAGACUGGAUUGAAUUCAAAGGUGGGGAGGAAAGAACCUUAAAAAUGCCAAAUAACCAAAACUCCCUGAAAAGGUUUAACAACCUGAAGUGGUUUUUGUGUGCCAAACUCGGAGCAAUGUGUACUCAGUUGUUGCUUUCACUUUGAGGCUCUCCUGCACUACUACAAGGAUGCACUGUGUAGGUUGUAGGCACUUAAGGGGGAUGCCUUUUAGGAAACCUCUUGUUCCAUAAUUUAUUAAUUCUAGUGAGGGCACUUCUAUUCAUCUGUUCCAAAGCUGGAGCUUGACUCCACAUUGUCAAAAGACAUGGCUGACUUAUAGCCUGCACUUCACUGUCGCUCACAUCCAAGGGAAGCAAGGGCACGACGCUGCUACUCCGUGACAGGGAGCUUUUUACACCACUUUGCUGUGGGAUAGAUGGCUGCCUGUGUUGCAGAGGAAUAUGAGAUUAUUCCUGUAGUCUGGAUGACAGGAAUAGGGGAGGCAGCGCUCUUCAAGCCUUGCAGCUGGCACCUACGUAUACCAAAGAUUGGAAUUCAUCCCACUUCACCCUGCAGACGUACAACAGCGAUCAGGAGUGUAGUGAUGCUGCCUGCACAGGUUCCUCUCUCCCCUUGGCUCGGCCUCACCAAAUUGAGACCUUCUUCCAUGGUCUUUCCCUUGCUGUCCCACACAUUGUGUUCUGUGAGAGAAUGGGGCAUGAGGAAAUGGUGUCACUUUUAAUGUUUCAAAGCAACUAAAUCCUCAGGAUCUGUUGUGGCUUUUACCUCAUACACGUCAUGGAAGGCUGUUCCAGAGCAGAGCAAAGAGCAUCCUGGGCUGAUGGGCUCAGUCCUCUCCCCACCAGAGCAUCUGGUCCUUCCCACCACCUAUGCUGAAAUGUGCCUACUCCGUAUACACUUGUGUUCCAGUGUGUAGUAAUGAAAGCAAAUAGCAGUUGUACAGUGACAGAGAACAUGGGGUGCCAGCUUGGACUUCCUGUAUCCCAGCACCUGACCCAAUGCCAUCUCUUCGGCACAGGAACAAGCCAAAGCAUUACUUCUAUGGUUGGAGAUGCACUUUUAUGAAUGUAGUUUCUAUCGCUCUUUUUUUUAGCUCUUUUUACAUCAUGUAAACGGUGAUGCCUCAUACUUUUUUGGUUUAUUUAUAUGGUAAAAGAUCAUAUUUGGUGAUUUUUAUAUAUAGCGACUGUUACGGGGCGGGGGGGAGGAGGGGAAAUACGUUUUGACUCCUUUAUGAACUUACAAAGGAAAAAAAGCAGCUGGUUUUGCAGAGAAUUUGCUGAUGGUUUAGAACAGGUAAAGCCAAGCCAAAAUGCCACCGUUGUUUCCUCACAGCCUCCUGGGGAUGGGAAAGAUCUGGACUCCAAAGUCCGUUGCUUGAGACCAACACUUACACAUGGCCCAGGCAGCAAAAGCAUUUGAAGUGGACAUAAAUGUAAUGACACCUCUGGAUUGAAUUGCAUCGGACCUCUUUAUCCUGGCAGAAUGGGAUGAAAAGCUGGGAACAACCUCAUUUAGGGGAGUGCCAGGCUGACCCUGAGCUGGUGUUUCCAUUUAGUGCCAUGGAGGCCUUGGCAGUGCUGGGGUAAAGGCUGGGCUUGAUGAUCUUACAGGUCUUUUCCAACCAAGUCGAUUCUGUUCCAGGUGUCGUGCUGUGCUUUGUGCUGUUGCUUCCAGGGAGGGGUAUAUUGAGCAGUGAGCCCUGGAUGGAAGGUGCUGCAGAAAUGGGGAAUAUUCUGCUUGAAGAUGAAUAUCUUGGAGGAGUCCCAUUAUCCUGAGACAGUUGGAACUGAGCAGGAGGAUGUCUGAGAUUGCCAUCAAAAAGGAACCUGGGGGAAUGGGGGAUUUGCUUCUCCCCGAGUUGUUAGGAAACAAACUGUUGGCAUUUUGGUCUCGGUGUGACGAUUCUGAGCAUUCCAGGUUAUUUGCUUGUUCUCCAGUAAAUGCAGCCUUUGCCUAUUCUAGUGGCAGCAAUUUGGAUUAUUCUUUUCCCAUUUUUGGAGUAGUUUCCCAAAGGACUUGAUGCUCCAAACAAACAGCUCCCAUUGCCAUUAAUAACCAAAACAAGUGGACCAAGAGGGAGAUUGGUACCUGCUCAGGUGACACAUGGGAUUCCCAAGUGCCCAAAGAGCCAGGAUAACAUGGGAAUCUUCAAUAAACCCACCCAUCCCUGCUGUACACGCUGAUCCUGGCAGGCAAAGGCCAGAUCCAGGAGGCUGAAUAAGAUCCCAGGGACUGGUGCUUAGGUUAAUAGCUGCUGCAUGGGAAGGUUUUCUCUCUUUGGAUACAGCCCUGUGGUACCUGCCCUUGGAGCUGGGAGCAUUCAGUCUGUCUUUAAUUGUCAACCUAAAAUAGUUGUCCUCUGUGGUUUAAUGGUGUUUGGGCUUCAGGUCUUCAAACCCCAGCCUUGUUCAGGAGCAGAUCUCACUGAGCAGCUCUGAUUUCCCAGUUAGGAAAGGUAAAUGUGCCUGGGGGCAGUCCAGAAAGGGAGAAAGGGACUUUAUUACCUGUCUGACAUAGGGUGGAGCAGGGAGAACUGCUUUAACCUGGAUUGUGCAGAAGACCUUGAACCAGUAAUCUAUAUGUACCGACCGGGGGCUUGCAGUGCAAAGCCAGGCCAAUGUAUCAUGUUAUUUACAAUAAAAUUAUCAUUUAUAUGAAA